AAAAGUUGUUGACUUGUUUGUACAUUGUGUACGUGUAAAUGAUUUUUUUAAAUAUUAAAUAUGACAUAUAAAUAAACUAUCUAAUAAAUCUAAUAAAUUAUCUAUCAAUAACAAUUAAAAAUCGACUAUUUUUCUUGAUUUUUUACUCAAUUUUGAGUUUCUAAGAAAUUUCUAAGAAAUAAAAAUAUGCAAAAGUGUUGACAACAAUUAAUUUAUUGACAAUGAAAUAUUUUUGAAAGACAAAAAAGAGCUAUUACUAUUAAAUUCUAUUAUUUGAUGACACUGGAGCAAUACCAUGGGACAAUACAUAGGAAAUUUUAUAAUAUGUGGCCUUAUAUUAUUGUCAGUUAUUGUUGUAUAUUUUACAACACAAAUUGUCAAAUCAUUUACUGAAAAUUCUAAUGAUUCAUUAAACCAAGAAUUAUCAUACAAUUGGAUAAUAAGAUUGAGUUUAAAUUUAUUAGGAUAUGCAACUGUGUUGUUACCAGGAUAUUUAGUUUAUAAAUAUGUUUGUUAUUCUAAAUAUUUACAAAAUACAGAUUCUGGAUGUAUAUUAAAAUUAGUACAACAUUGUUUUUUGGGUAAUACAGAAACUGGUCUUCUUGAUUCACCAAAUUACACAGCUUCAAUAUCAUCAUCAUCAGUAUCACGUUUACAACGUACAUUUUCACAUGAUGCUAUAAAAUUAACAUAUUGUUUUAUGGGUUUACAAAUAACUUAUUUAACAUGGGGUUAUUUACAAGAAAAAAUAAUGACACAAAAAUAUAAAAAUAAUAAUGGUGAUAUUAAAAAUUUUAAUGAUUCACAAUUUUUAGUAUUUAUAAAUAGAAUAUUAGCAUUAACAAUGUCUAGUAUAUAUUUAAUUAUAAAUAAAAAACCUAAAAAACAUACAACACCAUUAUAUAAAUAUAUAUUUUGUUCAUUAUCAAAUAUAAUGAGUGCAUGGUGUCAAUAUGAAGCAUUAAAAUUUGUUAAUUUUCCAACACAAGUACUUGCUAAAGCAUCAAAAAUAAUACCAGUUAUGAUUAUGGGUAAAAUAAUAUCAAGAAAUACAUAUGAAUAUUAUGAAUAUAUAACAGCAAUAUUAAUAUCAAUUGGUAUGUUUUUAUUUAUGUUUGGAAGUAAUGAUAAAUAUGAUAAUAAUAAUAUAUCAACAAUAUCAGGAUUAAUAUUAUUAAUUGGAUAUAUUGUACUUGAUAGUUUUACAAGUAGUUGGCAAAAUUCAUUGUUUAAUGAAUAUGGAACAACAAGUAUACAAAUGAUGUUUGGUGUUAAUUUAUUUUCUUGUUUAUUAACAUCAAUGUCUCUAUUUCAACAAUCUGGUUUUGCUGAAAGUUUUUCAUUUAUUGCACAGUUUCCAACAUUUACUAUUGAUUGUUUAUUAAUAUCAAUUUGUUCAGCAAGUGGACAGUUGUUUAUAUUUUAUACAAUAUCAGAAUUUGGAGCUGUUACAUUUGUUAUUAUCAUGACAAUUAGACAGGGACUUGCUAUUUUAUUGUCAUGUAUUAUUUAUCAACAUCAUAUAACUGUUUUUGGUGUUAUUGGUAUUAAUCUUGUUUUUGGUGCAAUAUUUUUGAGAAUUUAUUGUAGUAAUCGACUUCGAGCUAUUAGACGUCGUAGAGCUGAAAAUGUGGUUCUUUAAAUUUUAAAUUAUAUUCAUCGAAAUUAAAGGCUUCCAUAUUUUUUUCUAUAGAAAUAAUUAGAAUUUCGAAAUGCGUAUUGAUGAGUUUAUCUUGUCACCUGAAAAUGUAUUAAUAUUUUAUUUUUUUUCAUUCAACUUAAAUUGUUUCUUCACAGUAAAUAUAUUUAUUUAUUUAUUAAUUUAAGCUGUAGUUUGUAAGGAAAAAAAAACCAAAGUUACAUGCACAAAUUAAAAAUAAAUCAAAAGGAAAUAAGGAAUUUCGAAAAAUUUAAAAAAAAAAGUAUUUUAAAUUAUUAUCAAAUUUAUUUGUAUAUUUUUUUAAUAAUUAUUAUUUUUAUUGUGAAAAAAAUGACAUGAUAUUUUACUGUCAAUAUUAUAAAUAAAUAAUUUCGUAAAAUUAUUAUUGUACAUGCAUAAAAAUUGAUAUAUUUUUUUUUCGAUUUUUAAUCUACAAAAUACUUAAAAUAUUUAUAAAAACAAGAAAAAAAAAAGCUUUGUUAAUUAACUACAUGAUAAAUUAAGUUAAUAAUCUAAAUACAUGUUUAAAAAAAAAAA